UCUGAUUGGACUGGAUUCGCCCUAGCUGUCACGCACAACAGAGGUCACGCGUGAAUCCAAUAUGGCCGCGUCCAGUUAAAACGCUACCUGCAGUGUGAGUUUAAAAUAACUGUGUAAAUGCAUUCUAAAACAUAAGGACAACAUAGCGAUUCCUGGCGAGACUGUGUGAGCUGUCAUCUACUUCUGCGAUGCCUUCACUCAAUGCUAUGUCAUGUUUACAAAGGUUGCACACCUGCUACAUUGCUCUCUUCAAAAACAGAUCCCAUCACUGGACUGUGUUUUCUCAGAGCAGAGCUUUGCGCUACACUGCCUGUGAACUGCAAAGCUCAAUCCCAGACUCUUCUUCCACCGUCAGCAGUGUAAAACAGACACAGACUGUCCCAGAACCUGUGGACGAGGGCCCUCCAUCUCCCCCCAGCCACUGCUGCAUGAGCGGCUGUCAUAACUGUGUGUGGAUCGAACACGCUGAAAAACUGCUGAAAUAUUACAGCGACGGUGGAGACAGAGCUCUGGCAGCCAUUGAGGAGAACGUUCUCGAUGACAACCUGAAGGCGUAUCUUAAAAUGGAGAUCAAGUUGCUGAAGAAGUCCUGAUGAUAGUGAACUUUGGUGGAGAUUUACAUAGCAGCAACUAUUUGGACGUUUUUAAUGGGUGAGUCUGUCAAAAACACAUCCCGGUCAUAUUACACCUCAAAAUUAAAAGGAAGGACAUGUAUGUAUAUUGUAUGAAGACUAUAAAUCUUAAAGGGAUACUCCACCCCAAAAUGAAAAUUUUGUCAUUAAUCACUUACCCUCAUGUCUUUCCAAACCCAUAAAAGCUUUGAUUGACUUUGGAACACAAUUUAAGAUAUUUUGGAUGAAAACCAGGAGGCCUGUGACUGUCCCAUAGACUGCCAAAUAAAUAUCAGUGUCAAGGUCCAUAAAAGGUAUGAAAGUCAUCGUCAGAAUACUCCAUCUGCCAUCAAUCAGGGUUAUGUGAAGAGACGGGAACAGUUUUUGUAAGCGAAGAAAAUAUCUUAAAUUGUGUUCCGAAGAAGAAUGAAGCUUUUAUGGGUUUGGAACGACAUGAGGGUAAGUGAUUAAUGGCAAAAUUUUCAUUUUGGAGUGGAGUAUCCCUUUAAUUCUAGGAACAAACAUUUUUUGCUUUUUUUUUUUUCAUGACAGUUGACAGCUUUCCUCCAAAAUCCUCAUUUUUGUAAUGCAUGCAGUUUUUGAUGAUAAUGAGUUUUUUUGUAAUGUCUUUUAUAGUAUAGAUUUGAAAACAACAAUUUGAUAAGAUUAUGGUGUUAUUUUUUUCAGUAUUCUUCACAGAAUACAGUACAGUUUAUAAUCAUGGAAAUAUACAUAUGAAAAUGUUACAUACCCAUGAUACAACUUUAUCUAAAAAAAAAAAACAUGUUUUUUUCUUUAAUAUUUUGAAAACAGUAAUACAUUUGAAGAUGUUAUGUAUUUAUAGAUAAGUUUGAUCCUUUUGUAUAUUAAGAAAGUGUACAGUUUCUUAUUUAUCACUUUUGUAAUGUGAUGUGUAACUAUUAGUCUCUCAUCAAGGAUGCAUUUAUUUGACAAUAAAUAA